AUGUCAGAUCAAGACGCCGUCGAGUUCAAACUAUACCGAUACGACCCAUCAGCAGGCGCAGCAGCAGUCUUUUGUGUUCUCUUUCUCGUUGCCUCUACAAUCCAUACAUACCAACUUGUGCGAACUCGGACAUGGUUCUUUAUACCAUUUGUGCUCGGUGGUUUCUUUGAGGUUUUUGGGUAUAUGGGACGAAUAGAAUCAGCAAACCAAACUCCGAACUGGACAACAGGCCCAUAUAUCCAACAGACCCUUUUGCUUUUGAUUGCUCCUACUUUGUUCGCGGCGAGUGUGUAUAUGGAGCUUGGACGGAUCAUAAUCUUGACAAACGGUGAAGAGCAUUCUUUGGUCCCGCGGAAGUGGUUGACGAAGAUCUUCCUCAUUGGGGAUAUCACCUCUUUCUUUAUGCAAGGUGCUGGGGGUGGUAUAAUGGCAAGCGGAAACAUACAGUCUCUCCACACAGGGGAAAAAAUCAUUAUCGGAGGCUUAGUAGUGCAGUUACUUUUCUUCGCUCUCUUUAUCUUCACCACCCUCAAGUUUCAUUUCGGCCUGAAGAACAACCCGAACCGCAAAGUGCUCACACAACGCCCUCCUUGGGAGAGACAUAUUCAGGCUCUCUACGGCGGAAGCUUGCUCAUCCUAAUUCGCUCGAUCUUUCGUCUCAUCGAGUAUGCGCAAGGAAACGCCGGCUACCUGGUGUCACACGAAGCGUAUAUGUAUAUUUUCGAUGGUUCGCUGAUGUUCCUAACUAUGGUGGUUUUCCUGUUUAUACACCCGAGUGAAGUCAACGCUUUACUCAACCCGGCAGCUGCUGGAAAGGCAGUCAGGCGUGUGUUUUCUGUCUAUGCCCUUGACCAAUUCCGCCCAAACUGA